ACUUACAUAAGUUGUAUUAGAAAUGCUCUAACAUGGAAGAGAACAAAAUUAAAACGUCGUAAACAAAGCGGAGAGAAGAUGGGAUAGUAGUGUUUAAAGACGGGGAAUUUACUAAUUGGAGUGAGAGUGAAGAGAAAAAGUGAGGUAUAUAAUAAAUUGUAUGAAAUAUUAGCUGGAAUAAAGGCCGAACCGCGGAGAAAAAAUGAUAGGGUGGAGGACACGAGUUGAGGGGCGGGGUAAAGAGGAAGACGAGAAGAAAUAAAUGUAUUGCUUUCUGAUUAAGGGGAAUCUCUAGUGUUGAGGGUCGCCAAAUUCGAUAUUAUUUCCAUCGAUCGAAAAGGGCUUUAUAAAGAAGAGGAAGGUGUCCGUUUGGCUCUGAAACAGCUGAUUAGCUAAUUUCACCAAUAACAAAAUAAUUGCUACGGCUUCUACGGCGGGAGAGGAUAUGAAGGAAAAACUUGAAGAAGCUUGUGCGUUUAUAUUAUCGCAGAUGUUAUCAGACGUCCGACAAAAUAUCCACAGGAAUCAAAUAAAUAUUGUAGAAGUAAAUGGACAACACUGUGAGAAAUUUACAAUUAGUGUGUAAGGAAGUGGUGCAGUCAGAAAAUAGCUUCGUAUUCUUGUAUUUAAACAUGAGCUCCAUUGACUUUGACGAAGUGUUGCAACAUGUAGGUGAAAAAGGCAGAUAUCAAAACAUCAUGUAUUACCUUUUAUGCAUCCCAGCAACGUUACCAGCAGCAUUUUUGGCCUUUUCACAGGUCUUUGUGAGCGCAUCACCUGAUCACUGGUGUAAAAUUCCUGUACUGGAGAACCUUACAGGUUUGAUGAACCUUGAAGAACAAAAAGCUUUAUCAUUGCCUUUCAAGAUUAAAUCAGAUGGACGUAAACAAUACUCAAGGUGUUACAUGUACGACGUUAAUUACACGGAAAUAAUUGAAAACUGGUUUCAAAGACCAUUUAGUAAUCUUUCCGAAAUUCUUGUGCCCACGUCCAAUCAAAGCUUUUUAUCACCUCCCAUGAGCAAAGAUGAUUGGCCAAUCAGCAAAUGCCGAUACGGAUGGAGUUACGAUACUCGAGACUACGACAGUACACUCGUAACUGAGCUAGAUCUCGUGUGCGACAACAGUUGGUGGCCUUCUACGUCGACAACGUUCUUUUACGUCGGCAGUCUCUUCGGUAAUGUCGUCUUCGGAUGGAUCGCUGAUAAAUGGGGCAGAAGAACGGCUUUCUUCGCUAUACUAUUUCUGGAGGUCAUUUUUUCUAUAGCAACAAGUUUUAGUCCAAAUUACGUAAUUUAUACAGCUUUGCGAACCGUCAAUGGCCUCUUCUUUCCUGCUAUAUACCAGAUACCCUUUAUUCUCGCUCUGGAACUGAUGGGUCCACGAUACAGAACCUUCGCCGGGAUGGUUAUUUGUAUGUUUUUCGCAACUGCCAUGUCGCUGUUGGCGUUACUGGGUUAUCUAUUGAGACAUUGGUACACCCUUUCGCUAGCCACGUCUGUACCAUUCGUUCUUCUGUUCAGCUACUAUUGGAUAAUUCCAGAGUCACCAAGAUGGCUAUUGAGCAAAAACAGGAUUGACGAAGCGGAAGUCAUCGUUCAGCAUAUGGCUUCCGUCAAUGGAAAAACUGUACCCAAGAAUUUUCUCAGAAAAAUAGAGGCGGAGAUUUUAAGAAAUAAAAAUAUAUCCUGCAACGGAAAGAAAUCGAGUAUCAUAACAUUAGACUGUGAUGUCAAAGAUAGGCCUCCUCCUCCUUCUGCAACGCCAAUGGAUCUGAUCACGAAUCCGAACAUCCGUAAGAAGUUUUUAAUUCUCGCCUUCGAUUGGGUCGCGAAUGCGGUCGUCUAUAACGGACUGUCCUAUAACACGACCAAUCUCGGUGUCUCAGAUUAUUUGGCCUUCUUCAUAGGAGGAAUCGUUGAAAUCCCGUCGUAUGUGAUCACGUGGUAUGCCAUGGAUAGGAUAGGUAGACGUUGGGUUUUGUGUUUAACAAUGCUUCUGGGCGGUCUUGCGUGUGUUUCCUGCAUGUUCGUUCCAGAAGAUGCAGUUUGGGUCACCGUGUCAUUGGCAAUGGUCGGUAAAUUCGGUAUCGCUGCCUCCUUCGCCGUUUUCUAUGUUUUCGUGGGCGAAUUACUUCCGACAGUAUUGAGAUCACAAGCGAUGGGAAUUGCAUCGUUCAUCGCUGGGAUCGGUCUGCUAACUUUUCCAUACAUAGUGCAUUUAGCUGUAUAUUCAAGAGUACUUCCACUGAUUGUCAUGGGCUCAUUGAGCGUUGCAGGAGCACUGACUUCAAUUUUUCUACCCGAGACCCUAAACAUUCAUCUUCCACAGACAAUUGAAGAAGGCGAACUUUUUGGAGCUGACUUUGAUCUAUGGUCCUGCCCGACAAUCACCUCAAAUUACAAAUAAUUAUAGAAAAUUAAGGAAGUUAUUUUAUCAGUGUACAUCCUGGAAUCUAAAGUCGAUGGUCAUAUCAAACGGCUAAUCGAUCCACAAUUAAACUUGGCCCGACCUCUCGAAUUGAUUACAAGAAAACUAAGCUUCUUUGAAUCAAGUAACAUGAACAGGACUGAUACUUGCUACGCUCGAGCAUUACUUUUACAUUCCUCCUACGCAAUGUACAAAAUAAAGUUG